AGUCCAACCGGACCAGAGAGAGUGCAGCAGCAGUAGCACUAUCCCCACUCUCUUCACUGACUGGAGACACGCACCGUGUGGCACCUCGGCCAUUCAGCGCUCACACACUGAGACAACGAUGCACCACCGCCGCCGCUCCGCACAGUCGCUGCCGCUGCUGACCAGGUGUUGGACUAAACAACAGGGACGUCGUUAACGUGACAGAAGAUACAAACUUGUAUGUAUGUGCUGUGCGCCCUUCUCCCUGGUCCCGUACACAGACGAUCGAGAAGAUGCUGAGCCGACUGAUGAGCAGCAGCAUCAGGAGUCUGGACAGGGAAUGCAACUGCACUGUGAGGCUGCUGGACGACUCGGAGUACACCUGCACGAUUCAGCGGGAUUCCAAGGGACAGUACCUGUUCGACCUCAUCUGCCACCAUCUCAACCUGCUAGAGAAAGACUACUUUGGCAUUAGAUAUGUCGACCCAGACAAGCAGAGGCAUUGGUUGGAGUUUACAAAGUCAAUUGCCAAACAAAUGAAAUCCCAGCCUCCAUUCACCAUGUGUUUGCGUGUCAAGUUUUACCCUCCUGACCCCGCUGCCCUGAAAGAGGAAAUUACCAGAUAUCUCGUCUUCCUGCAGGUUAAGAGGGAUCUCUAUCAUGGCCGCCUCCUGUGCAAGACAUCAGAUGCUGCUCUGUUGGCUGCCUACAUAUUACAAGCUGAAAUUGGCGACUACGACCCCGGGAAACACCCAGAGGGCUACAGCUCCAAGUUCCAGUUCUUCCCCAAGCACUCAGAGAAGUUGGAGCGGCGAAUUGCUGACAUCCACAAGACUGAGCUGAUAGGUCAGAGUCCUGAAACGUCAGAGCUCAACUUCCUCCAGAAGGCUCAGAUGCUGGAGACGUACGGAGUGGACCCUCAUCCAUGCAAGGAUGUGUCUGGCAACCCAGCUUUUCUGGCUUUUACUCCUUUUGGAUUCACUGUGCUACAAGGGAACCGGAGGGUCCAUUUCCUCAAAUGGGAGGAGGUGACCAAACUCAAAUUUGAAGCAAAGACAUUCCAUAUAUAUGCAAAUCAGAAGGAGGAUAAGAAGAUCAUACUGACGUACUUUGCACCUACACCUGAGGCCUGUAAGCAUCUGUGGAAGUGCGGAGUGGAGAAUCAGGCUUUCUACAAGUUGGAGAAGUCCAGUCAAGUCCGCACUGUGUCCAGUAGUAAUCUCUUCUUCAAGGGUAGUCGCUUUAGAUACAGUGGAAAAGUUGCAAAAGAGGUGAUGGAACAAAGUGCCAAAAUUAAGAGAGAUCCCCCCGAGAUACACAGGGCUGGCAUGGUGCCAAGCAGGAGCUGUCCAUCCAUCACCCACGGCCCUCGUUUGACCAGUGUGCCCAGGACCCGACGGAGAGCUGUGCACAUCUCCAUCAUGGAGGGUCUGGAGUCCCUUCGAGACAGCGCUCACUCCACACCUGUGCGCUCUGUCUCCCAUGGCGAUUCCUUCAUGUCCUCUCGGGGCCAUUUGUCGGACGGCAGCGAGGCAAGCACGUCAGCAGUCAUCUCCGACGAGGCCUACAGCCCCUCAGACAGCGUGCUGCCUACACCUGUGGCCGAACACGGGAUGGAGAUGCCUUUAGCCCGUCACCUCAACGGUGCUCCCUGCAGCAUCGAUGAGGAGAAGGACUCAGAGGCGGGCACAUCGAAAGCAGGGGAAGAGUUUUCCUCGGGCAGGAGAGCACUGCGUAUGGCCAAGAGCAGGCCAUCACCGCAGAGCGACGUGGAGGAGCUGAACAAGUUCGUCCUGAGCGUGUUGCGUCUGUUCCUGGUUACCAUCGGACUGCUGUUCGCCCUGCUGCUGCUCCUCAUCAUGCUGACAGAGUCAGACCUGGACAUUGCCUUCCUGAGAGACAUCCGCAAGACACCUGAAUUCCAGCAGUUCCACUUUGAAUACUUCUGCCCUCUGCGGCGCUGGUUCGCCUGUAAGUUACGGUGGAUGGGAGGGUUCCUCAUCAGCAAGUGAGGCAGAGACCGAGUGACACAACACAGGCCUCCACUGAGGGACAUGGGACACACAACAGGCGGGUCAGGAGAGAGGAGGAUGGCAGUCCCAUUCCCAAUGUCAGCUCAGCUUCUCCCAAGAAGGAGCUCCUGUCACAAGCCACGGACUGUCCCCUGAAGAGCCUUGUUUAUUACGUUUGGCCAUCACUGCGAGGAAAGGAAAUCACAUUUUACUUUGGAGAUUCAGGUCAUUUCAAGGUAUUUUAUUUUUACACAAAGCCACAGUACCAGGGUUUAAUUUAAACACUCAAAGGGACAAGCAAGUCUGACAGACUUCACUUCUUCAACCACAGAUAAUAGUUGCCUUUAUUUUUGUAUUAAUUUAUAUGUUGCAACAUUACUGUAAGACAGAGUGACCUGAUGUGUCGGGGUGUGUGUUGUGUGACCAGAGAGUUUGAGUAAAGUUUUGAGAGACGAUGAGACGGGAGGCAGUCUAGCUCAUCUAAUUUUCACAUGUCAAAGCCAACAACAACAUUUAUGAUAAUAAAAUGUUAUUGUGGUCGCUGCUACGAGAUUGACAGCUGCUGUUUUGAGUUGUACGAGUAUCUGGGUGUGAGAGAAAGUGUGGAAUGGAAAACUAAGAAGCACUUUCUGAAUGUAGAUCAGUCCUGAGUCAAAUAGUGUUUGCAGAUAUCAUUUUUUUAGCAAAUGUUAAACCGUGUAGAAUUUGCCAUGAAGAGUUAUAAACAGACAUGGGACCAAGUCAUUGGUUUCCAAGUCACAAGUAAGUCUCAAGUCUUUGCACUCAAGUCCCAAGCCAAAUCCCAACUAAAGACAGGCAAGUCUCGAGUCAAGUCUCAAGUCUUAAACUUUAAGUUUCCUAAACAAGUCAUAAAGCAGUCUUCACCAAAUGUCAUGUCAUUUUAACAAAAUAAUAAGAUCCUCCUGAGACCAGAACUUUAGUUUCGUAUGCAUUUUUAAAUUCUCCUAACUAUUUGGGAUCAGCAGGACCUGAUUAGUGUAAAAAACUAAACAUCAAUGAUAGUAAAGUCCCAAUGUCCUCAAAAAGAGUUGAUAAUAAAUUCCCAACGUCUUCAAAUGACUACUUCCAAAUUUGCAGCAUCUUAGCUGUUGCUAAAAUUGGUCAAAAUGUGUUGCCAUAUCAACCUACCAACUUUACUAAUCUUAAAUAAACAUGUUUCAACCAUAAUAUGUGAUCCGGUUUUGUACCUUGUCCACUUUUGUGUCGGGAUAGGCUGCAGACUGACUGGGCAGAGAUAGCUGCCAUCUUGUUUUUACUUGGAUUAGUGUAUUGUGCUCGUACUACCACUAUAUAGCACAAUAUAGUGUCCAGGAAUGAGGACAACAGGUCUAAGUCAAGCAGAAUGAAGUUUAUGGUGCAGCAAACCCAAACUGUGAUGUCCUCAUAUGAGGACACAGGGUCUCAGGAGGAUAUGUUAAAUAAACAAAAAUCAUGAAUGCCUUUUAAAAUUAGUAUUUAUUUGUUCAAAUAAGUGUGUUAAAAAGUUACUUAGCUAUUAAGCUAAUAUUAACAUGUAAACUGUGUUAAUAUUAGCCUGGAUUUAUUGUUUUUUAUGCAACUUCAAAUGUCAAAUAUCGUUGGAAGUUGUUGUGUCUCGUCUGUAAUUUUUAAUCCAAAAGUUUUGUAUUCUACAAUUAGUUGUGGUGUCAACCACCGCAUGGUUUUUGCAUGCAAACAAAAGUGCAAACUGUCACUCAGUAACAUACUUUUAGUUCUUCAUGGUUCUGUCUUGCAACUCGACUGAAUGCUGUUGGCUUGGUUCAAACAAAGUGGAUCUGGGGUAUGUCAGCUGGUGGGGAAUCAACAGUGUUCACAUUAGUUGAUUCAGGUAAUGAAGGUAAAUUAGUUGAUUUGUGACACACUUCUUAAAUAACAUACUUUUUAAUCUUCAGACUUUCGUACUUUCAGUAUUUUCAGGUCAAAAGGCUCAAGUCCAAGUAAAGUCAUGAUUCAUUGGCAUUUGAGUCCAAGUCGAGUUGCAAGACAAGUCUUUUUUGAUUUUGAAGUGUCUAAAGUAAUCAAAUAUGUGACUCGAGUCCAAGUCAUGUGACUUGAGUCCACAUGUCUGGUGAUGAGCGAGUUAAAACUGACAGUAAAGAAUAGGAAAAUUGAUCUAGCUCACUUUUUAAUGAUUGACAACUUCCCUGACAACCCGAAAUCUGGUUUAUUGACUUAAAAUGCCAAGAAUGAGCUGCAGUAGCUAUUUGACUCAGGAGUGAAGCAGGUGCUGCUCUGUUAGAUGACAUGAUUGAUCAUUUUUGUAAUAAGUGUUGUGGUCAGACGUCUAUUAUCAGUGUGCUCACAUUACCAUUUUUGUCCAGCCACUAGAGCACUGAUAAAGUUUUGUCGUCCAAUGACUAUAAAUUAUGGAUAAAUCGUAAGGACAUAAGUAAGUAACGAAGGUGGUAGGUUUACUGGUUUUAUAAAAUAGCAGCCAAAUAAUUCUAAUAGCUACAAUCAACUUGUGUGUGUAAGGAACAGUUGUCACUUUGCCGUAGUUACUUUUACAGUAGUUGUAAAGGUGAUGGGACUAUGUGAGCUAGCGCUGUAGUGAUAGUGAAGUGUUUGGUUAGUUCUUUGACUCCCACACUCUGUAGAAGGAGUUUAUCUUGAUGUGCAAUACUGUUGAUAUAUAAACAAAAACAAGAUCCUUUCCAUUAGGGGAAAUCUGACCUUGUUUUUCCUUUGUAAAGUGCAGAAAUUAGUGCAAUUUUCCCACAGUAUCUGGUUAAGACAGCUUGUUUUUAGUUCAUGUUGAGUGAAGGUCAUUUAAUUUUGUUUCGCCCUGCUGUGUUCAAGUUUAUGCAUUUAUCUGUAAAGGCUGAAUAUAUUUAAACCAUGUUUCCAUUUUUGUACAAACCGAUGUCUCGUUAACACGUAGAGAUUUCCUCACAGCGACUUUUAAUGGACCUGAAGUGUUAUUUUUUACAGUGGAUGUAUAGUUUUCAGCCCUGCUUACGAGAGAGCCUAAGAUAAGUCAUGUUUACAUCCUACUGCAAUCGUCAUCAUCGCACCUACCAAAGAAACCUCUGUUGUCUGAUAUAUUAUGUCAGUGUGCGUCAACAGAUGAAAACUCUGAUAGUCUGCUCUCCUUCUCCAGCCUUAUUACGUAUGUGUUAUUUCACAGGUUAGCCCACUGAGUGUCUUUACAGCCCAGUGCAAUCAACAGCAGAAACCCUAGAGUCAGUUAAAGCACUGGUCCUCUCAACAAGUCUUCUGGUGGUUGAUUAGAAUAUAUGUAGAUGUACAUGCUGUGUGUCAGCGUGUAUGUGUUAAUAUACCUAAAAUAAAAUGGAUGUGUUAUUUAUGCAACAAAAGGAAUGGUUUAGGAUGCUGAUUGGCCGAGGGGUUUAGGUAUAGGUGCCUGUAGGCAAUCUGGAAAGGUACCACGUUAAUAUUAAAAUUUCUCCCAAUAAGUCCACAGGUUAAAAAGAACCCUGAAAAUCCCCGUAGUGUUAAACCCCUGGCUUUAAAAGUUGAUUUUAUUUUUGUACAUAAAACAUUUUAAAAUUCAGAAGCUGUGAAAUAAGCAGAGUAUUAAUAAUUCUGUUUUUCCUUUUAGUUCAGAGUGGGAUAAGUUAGAAAUAUUGACAGAUAUAUUUAUAUUUAAUGGAAAACCCCCCCUCAUGUUUUGUGGUUGGUUUUUUAGACUUGAUAAAUUAGUCAUGUGUUUGCUCUAACUCAGAUGGUUCUCGCUGGUUUUUGAUCGUGUCAGGUAAGAGGCCAGCUGAGGCAGAAAUGUACUUUAUUACUUCCUAUAAUUUGUACUUUAAAGUCUCAUUAUGUUCACGUGUUUGACAAACUUCACAACAUAAUUGGAGCAAUAAAUGUAACCAAUAAUGAUUAAUAACUGCAAACAGAUGUUUGUCCAUCAGCUGGACAUUGAAAAUGUCUUUGAAUCCCCUCAGAAGGUCAAACAGCCUGCAGAUGCAUGUGUGAAGGGAGUGGCGCCCACCCACAGUGGUUGAUAAUGUCUCAUGUAAAUCCUGUUUGUUGCCUGAUCCUAGACUGCUCUUCCUUCACUCAUAUUAGAGGAACAGAUAUGUUUUCUUCUGAGAGUACAUGUAAAUGAAAUGGACACCCAACAGAAGACCCAUUUUCACUCGACUCAAAGGGGAGGUGGAGCAGUUUGUAUUUUUAGCCAAUUUAAAAACAGCAAAAGUAGCAUUAUCAACUACUUGAAUAUUUCCUUUUGCAAUGCAGUUCAAUAUAUUUUGUUUUCUUUAUAUUGCUUAAGUCUCUUUCAGGAGGGGGUGACAGUUCCAUCGACAGGCAACUCUUGUAUUCAUUUUACUGAAUCAUGUAAACAGGAAUGAGGCCUCUGAUGUGGUCUUACUGUAAGCUUCCUUCCUGUACCAUGGCCCUGCACAUGGAAAUGUCUCUGUAAGCAUGUGUUCUGCAUUUAUUACCUCCAAACAAGAC